AGACUCUCGCGAGGUCUGAGGCCGCGAGGUCGGCCAGGGCGGCUGCAGUAUGGCGGAGGCGGAAGGAGAGAGCUUGGAAUCCUGGCUGAAUAAAGCCACCAAUCCUUCCAAUCGCCAGGAAGACUGGGAAUACAUAAUUGGCUUUUGUGAUCAGAUCAACAAAGAGCUUGAAGGGCCCCAGAUUGCUGUCCGACUGCUGGCACACAAGAUCCAGUCUCCACAGGAAUGGGAGGCGGUGCAGGCCCUGACGGUCCUGGAGGCAGGCAUGAAGAACUGUGGGAGGAGAUUUCAUAACGAAGUGGGGAAGUUCCGGUUUCUGAAUGAGUUAAUCAAAGUCGUCUCUCCAAAGUACCUGGGGGACAGGGUAUCUGAGAAAGUGAAGACCAAGGUCAUUGAGCUACUUUAUAGUUGGACAGUGGCCCUGCCAGAAGAAGCAAAGAUCAAAGAUGCCUACCACAUGUUGAAGAGACAGGGCAUAGUGCAGUCUGACCCACCAGUCCCUGUGGACAGGACACUGAUCCCCUCUCCACCUGCUCGUCCCAAAAACCCUGUUUUUGAUGAUGAGGAAAAAUCCAAGCUUUUAGCCAAACUGCUGAAGAGCAAAAACCCAGAUGACCUGCAAGAGGCCAACAAGCUCAUCAAGUCUAUGGUGAAGGAAGAUGAAGCACGCAUCCAGAAGGUGACCAAGCGCGUGCACACCCUGGAGGAGGUCAACAAUAAUGUGAAGCUGCUCCAUGAGAUGCUGCUUCACUACAGCCAAGAACACUCAUCGGAGGCAGACAAAGAGCUCAUGAAGGAACUGUUUGAUCGGUGUGAGAACAAGAGACGGACAUUAUUUAAACUAGCCAGCGAGACAGAGGACAAUGACAAUAGUUUGGGGGACAUCCUGCAGGCCAGUGACAACCUCUCCCGGGUCAUCAACUCUUAUAAAACAAUUAUUGAAGGGCAGGUCAUCAAUGGUGAGGAGACCACCUCAGCCCUGCCUGACUCUGAAGGAAACAGCUACUCCAGUAAUCAAGGCACUCUCAUCGACCUUGCUGAGUUGGACACGCCUAACAGUUCACCCCCAGUGUCGGCCCCAGUGCCCACCCCACCCUCCUCAGGCAUCCCUAUCCUCCCUCCACCUCCCCAUACCUUGGGACCUCCACGCAGCCGCUCGUCCAGCCAGGCCGAGGCUCCCCCUGCGCCCAGCAGCACAAGCAACACCCUCUGUCUGCUGGACGAGGAGCUGCUCUGCUUAGGACUCUCAGACCCAGCCCCCACCGCCCUUCCCAAAGAGUCAGCUGGAAAUAGCCAGUGGCACCUGCUGCAGAGUGAACAACCCAGCGUGGACUUCUUCAGCCCCAGGAUGGGGCCUGCUGCCUGCUCCUCAGAGGGGCCCUUGCUCCCGCCUUCCACUCUCCCAUCAAGCAAGUCCCAAGCUCCACCGCCGUCUUGCUUCCCAGCCCCUGUGGUCCCAGCCAGCACACCUGGCCCCAGCGCGGUCUCCUUCAUGUUCGCCUCCGGACUUGCCCCAGCUUUGGCCCCAAAGGCUGAGCAUGCAGCCCCUGAGUUCCACAACUCAGCACUGGGUGACAGCACCCUGAACCACCUGGAUGCCCUUGAUCAGCUUCUAGAAGAGGCCAAAGUGACCUCGGGCUUAGUGAAACCUGUCUCCUCUUGCUUCUCCCCUGGGGCCACGACCUCCCCACUGCUCCCUACCCCCGUUCCUGCCAGGCCUUUCCUGCCCUUCUCCACUGGACCCAGCAGCCCUCUCUUCCAGUCAUCGGCCUUCCAGUCCCAGGGCAGCCCCAUGAAGGGGCCUGAGCUCUCCCUGGCCAGUGUCCACGUGCCCCUGGAAUCCAUCAAGCCUAGUAGUGCCCUUCCUGUGACAGCCUAUGAUAAAAAUGGCUUCCGUAUCCUCUUCCACUUUGCCAAGGAGUGUCCACCAGGACGGCCCGAUGUGCUGGUAGUGGUGGUAUCCAUGCUGAACACAGCUCCUUUGCCAGUCAAGAGCAUUGUGCUACAGGCUGCAGUGCCCAAGUCAAUGAAAGUGAAGCUGCAGCCACCCUCUGGGACAGAACUCUCUCCAUUCAGUCCCAUCCAGCCACCUGCAGCCAUCACCCAGGUCAUGCUGCUGGCCAACCCAAUGAAGGAGAAGGUGCGACUCCGGUAUAAGCUGACCUUUGUUCUUGGGGAGCAGCUGAGCACAGAGGUGGGCGAGGUGGACCAGUUCCCUCCUGUGGAGCAGUGGGGGAACCUAUGACCCCAAAAGAUGCGGUGAUCUCCACUUUUAAGCCAAGCAGGCUGCCCCAAAAUGGACAGGGCUCCAGUCUAAUCACUCAGCAUCCUGACAGCAGCACUUGUAGCUUUGACAUGGACUGGGGGCCCUGGGCACUUAUGCUGGGAGCCAUCCUGCUGCUGUGAUAAUCUCUCCUGUGGGCCCCUAAAAGGACCUUUUUUUUUUUAUCUACCUGUGUGACUUGAAGUGGCCAUAUACUGUCAGGGGUGGGAAACAGCUCCUGUUGAUUCUGCUGUUCUGGGACAGUAGACCCUAGCCCUGGAAUAGGUUUCUCCCUGUACUGGUAUCCCUGGUGCCUGGGGGAGGAUUCUAAAGAGAGGGAGGUCUUGGAUCCCUGUAAGAACAGAGGUUUGAGGCUGCAGCCCCUGUUGCCAGCCUGUGCUUCCCCUACUGGCAGGCUCUAGUGCCACCUCCACUGAGGUGGGCAAAGCCAGGGGCCCAAAGUGAGGGGUUGGAGUCCCCUGGAAUCCACCUGCCUUCUGUGGGCAGCAGCACCCCGGAAUGGCCACCGGAUGAGUUCUGCACUUGUCCGUCAGCGGUGAUAGGCUGCCUUGUGAACAUCUCAGCAGGAUGUGGAACUCAGCCUAUCAGGAACAACCUGGCUUCAUGACAGCAACAAGUAGGGACAGGAAAGGAAAAUGAAGAGAACCAGUUUUUGCCCUUCAGAAGCAAGCGCUGGGAGCUAUUUGGGGAAAGUACGCCUCCUGUGUGACAGGCCAUCCUACUCACUACCUCCUGCUUGGCAUGAAAUCCACGGUUCUCCUUCCCCUAGCAUCUCCGAGAGGAAGGACAACUCCCAUCACCCUGUGUCCUCCUGCUUUGGCCUCCUUCCUGCCAGAUGUGUGAUAUGGCACUUCUGGUUGGGCCUGGGAGGCCUCAGGGUCAAGCACAUUGCACUGGAAUUAUGUCCUUUCGUGCUGCAUGGAAAUCCCCACCGUCCCCCAGCUACACAGGGGCACUGCCAGCACGGAGUUGGCUGGGAGGUGAUAAGGUGAGGGAGAGGCCACACUUGAACCAAGCUUCCAGAGCCUGUUGCUCCAGUAGUCUCAUCCCAGCUGCCCCUGGGCAAGGCACACUGAGAGCCACAAGGCACCAGGACCAGCAGCUGCCACAGAAGCUGGGGAUGGGCAGACAGCUCAGGUGGACAGGCUCAGUUAGCCAGCACCUUGGGAAAAGGUGACACAAGCCACAGCCCCUGGCCCCCCUGGCCCUCCUGCCCCUUGCCAGGUUUCCUUGCUCUGUAUCCAGAGGUCAUCUCACCCUCCUCUCCCCUUACUGCCUUUAGUGAGCAGGUUUCACUGCUUCAUCAAGACAGGUCAAAAGUGAAUAGUUUUCACUACUUAAGGAAUAAAUCCAAGAGCUUUCCAGAGACUAGCUGCUGCAGCCCUGGGAAUGUCUAUGGGAUUACUGUGUGGAAAAGUACCCUAAUAAGAAGCUUUAGACAUUAAAAUUAGUUAUCAGUGUUACUCCUACAAUUGAGGUCACUGCUUUGUGGCAAACAGCUGUACUGGAUGUACCAACUCUGCUGCCCUUGUUUUGCUGCAUGUUAAAUAAAACUAUUUUUACCCUA